GGGAGCCGAGUGGUGCUGAUGCUGCGCAUGAGCCGGAGCGGAUGCUGCUGAUGCUCAGGCGCCUCCAUCACCACCACCACCACCACCACCACCACCGCCUCUGUGCACCCGUCUCUCUCUCCAGCCCUGCCUGGGAAUCCUCGCCUCCUUCCCUUCUUCCCAGGAGACCCAUCUCCCGUUGGCCAUGACCAAGGACGAUUCGGCGGAGCUCCCUUCGGAGGAGGACCACCAUCCCUUGGACUUCCAGAGCCCGGUCCUGGAGAGGAGAAAGAAGCCCAUCGUCCACCCUUCUGCUCCCGCCCCGCUGCCCAAGGAUUAUGCUUUCACCUUCUUUGACCCCAACGACCCGGCCUGCCAAGAGAUCCUCUACGACCCCAUCACCACCGUCCCGGAGUUGUUUGCCAUCAUCCGGCAGUGGGUCCCCCAGGUCCAGCACAAGAUCGAUAUCAUUGGCAAUGAAAUCCUGAAGCGUGGCUGCCACGUCAACGACCGGGAUGGCUUGACUGACAUGACACUGCUUCAUUAUGCUUGCAAGGCUGGGGCCCAUGGCGUCGGUGACCCUGCCUCGGCUGUCCGUCUCUCCAACCAGCUCCUGGCUUUGGGUGCGGAUGUGACCCUCCGCAGCCGCUGGACCAACAUGAACGCCUUGCAUUACGCUGCUUAUUUCGACGUUCCCGAACUCAUCCGCAUCCUCCUUAAGGCCUCCAAGCCCAAAGAUCCUUGUUUUAUACAGAACCUAACCUACUUCCUCAACUCCACCUGUAGCGAUUUCAACCACGGGACGGCCCUCCACAUUGCGGCUUCGAACCUGUGUCUGGGGGCCGUGAAGUGUCUCCUCGAACACGGAGCCAACCCGGCGGUUAGGAACAGCAAAGGCCAGGUCCCUGCGGACGUGGUGCCGGACCCCAUGGACAUGACCCUGGACAAGGCAGAGGCGGCCAUGAUCGCCAAGGAACUGAAGCAGCUGCUGCUGGAUGCCGUGCCCUUGAGCUGCAACCUGCCGAAGGUCACCCUGCCCAACUAUGACAACAUCCCAGGGAACCUCAUGCUCAUCUCCCUUGGCCUCAAGCUCGGAGACCGUGUCCUUGUGGAUGGGCUGAAGGUGGGCACCUUGCGUUUUUGCGGCACCACUGAGUUCGCCAGCGGUCAGUGGGUUGGUGUGGAACUGGACGAACCCGACGGAAAGAAUGACGGCAGUGUCGGAGGAAUCCGCUACUUCAUUUGCCCUCCGAAGCACGGAGUGUUUGCCUCGGUGUCCAAGAUCACCAAAGCGGCUGACCAGACCCCUUCCUCGGUCACUUCCACCCCACGGACCCCACGGAUGGACUUCUCCCGCAUGACCGCCAAAGGACGCAAGGAGAAGGACAAAGACAAGAAAGCUCUGAGGAAGAAGUCCCUCUCGGUGGGCAGCCUGGACCGCGAAGGAUUGAAGAUCGAGAUCGGGGACCAAGUGCUGGUGGCCGGGCAGAAGCAAGGCCUCAUCCGCUUCUAUGGGAAGACCGACUUUGCCCCAGGCUAUUGGUUUGGCAUUGAGCUGGACAAACCUACCGGGAAACACGACGGUUCGGUCUUUGGGGUCCGAUAUUUCACUUGCGCCCCGAAACAUGGGGUCUUUGCACCUCCUUCUCGGGUUCAGAGAAUCGGAGGCCCGAAGGAUGCUCAAGAUGGCAAUUCAGCAAAGAAGGUCCACCAAGUCACAAUUUCACAGCCAAAGCGCAACUUCACAGCAGUCAGAACCCCGAAAGACAUCACAUCGGAAAGCUCCAUUUCUAGGUUACUUUUUUGCUGCUGGUUCCCCUGGAUGCUGCGUGCCGAGAUGCAGUCGUAAACGUCCCCCGAUCUUCCUUCUUUCCUUCUUCCCUUCUUCCUCCCAUCCCUUCUUCCCUGCUGUUUCUUCCUCGCUCUCCAAGUAAUCAAAAGAAAGACUGCUCUUUGGAUCUUUUUUCUUUCUCCUUGUCUCAUCUCUCCUUCCCCGAUGGCUGUUCUAGUGAACCCCAGUGCCUUGUUAAGACAUAUUUUAACACCAUCCCGCCACCCACUUCCCCAGGUAGUUUGUGAGAAAUGUUAUGCGGUCCCGCGUCCUGUUUCCUGGCACACAACAAUAUAAUAUAGGCACACACCCGCACCUCCUUCCUUUCCCAGAAUUAAAAUAAAGGGAUUUAUCUUUCCUCUUUUCCUAUAUAUAUAUAUAUAUAUAUAUAUAUAUAUAUACACACUCCCUCUCUCCAAGGCCCUAACUAUAUCCCUUCUGGAAAAAAACGUUCUGACAACACAUUAAAUCAAACAUCCUAGGUCUGCAGUUUGUCAGCAAUAAGCCAGGAUUAAACCAACAAUCCUAGGUUUGUUUAGUAUUGCACAAAUUGGAAGAGCUGGUUUGCAAUAAGCUAGGAUUAAACCAACAAUCCUAGGUUUGUUUAGUAUUGCACAAAUUGGAAGAGCUGGUUUGCAACAAGCCAGGAUUAGACCAACAAUCCUGGGUUUGUUUAGUAUUGCACAAAUUGGAAGCGCUGGUUUGCAAUAAGCCAGGAUUAAACCAACAAUCCUGGGUUUGUUUAGUAUUGCACAAAUUGGAAGCGCUGGUUUGCAAUAAGCCAGGAUUAAACCAACAAUCCUAGGUUUGUUUAGUAUUGCACGAAUUGGAAGAGCUGGUUUGCAACAAGCCAGGAUUAAACCAACAAUCUUGGGUUUGUUUAAUAUUGCACAAAUGGGAAGAGCUGGUUUGCAAAGCCAGGAUUAGACCAACAAUCCUGGGUUUGUUUAGUAUUGCACAAAUUGGAAGAGCUGGUUUGCAAUAAGCCAGGAUUAAACCAACAAUCCUAGGUUUGUUUAGUAUUGCACGAAUUGGAAGAGCUGGUUUGCAAUAAGCCAGGAUUAAACCAACAAUCCUGUGUUUGUUUAGUAUUGCACGAAUCGGAAGAGCUGGUUUGCAAUAAGCCAGGAUUAAACCAACAAUCCUGGGUUUGUUUAGUAUUGCACAAAUGGGAAGAGCUGGUUUGCAAUAAGCCAGGAUUAAACCAACAAUCCUGGGUUUGUUUAGUAUUGCACGAAUCGGAAGAGCUGGUUUGCAAUAAGCCAGGAUUAAACCAACAAUCCUAGCUUUAUUUAGUGUUGCACAAGCUGGAAGAGCUGGUUUGCAAUAAACCAAAAUCUAAACAACAAUCCCAGGUUUGUUUAGUGUUUCACUAAUUGGAAAUGUUGAGUAGAUGCAAGUUGUUUGCAAUAAACUAGGGUUAAACCAACAAUCCCAGGUUUGUUUAGUGUUGCACAAGAUGGAAGAACUAGUUUGCAAUAAACUAUUAUUAGGACAGCAAUCCCAGGUUUGUUUAGUGUUGUACUAAUUGGAAGAGCUAAAUAGAUGCAACUUGUUUGCAAUAAUCCAGGAUUACACCAACAAUCCCAAGUUUGUUUAGUGUUUCACAAAAUGGAAAAGCUAGUUUGCAAUAAAGCAGGAUUAAGGCAACAAUCCCAAGUUUGUUUAGCAUUGCACUAAUUUGAAGAUGGUUUGCAAUCAACCAGGAUUGAAUCAACAAUCCCAGGUUUGCUUAGUGUUGCACAACAUGGAAGGACUAGUGUGUAAUGAACCAAGAUUAAACCAACAAUCCUAGAUGUUGCACCAGCUGUAAGAACUGGUUUGCAAUAAAUCAGGAUUAAACUAACAAUCCCAGGUUUGUUUAGUGUUUCACAAAAUGGAAAAGUGAGUUUGCAAUAAACCAGGAUUAAGCCGACAAUCCAAGGUUUGUUUAGUGUUGCACUAAUUAGAAGAGCCAAGUAGAUGCAACUUGCUUGCAAUAAACCAGGAUUAAGCUGACAAUCCAAGGUUUGUUUAGCACUAAUCAGGAGAGCCAAGUAGAUGUAACUUGCUUGCCAUAAACCAGGAUUAAGCUGACAAUCCAAGGUUUGUUUAGCACUAAUUAGGAGAGCCAAGUAGAUGCAACUUGCUUGCAAUAAACCAGGAUUAAGCUGACAAUCCAAGGUUUGUUUAGCACUAAUUAGGAGAGCCAAGUAGAUGCAACUUGCUUGCAAUAAACCUGGAUUAAGCUGACAAUCCAAGGUUUGUUUAGCACUAAUUAGGAGAGCCAAGUAGAUGCAACUUGCUUGCAAUAAACCUGGAUUAAGCUGACAAUCCAAGGUUUGUUUAGCACUAAUUAGGAGAGCCAAGUAGAUGCAACUUGCUUGCAAUAAACCAAGAUUAAACCAACUCUAGCCAGAACAGCCAAGUAGGUGCAGCUUGUUCCCAAUAGACCAGGAUUAAACUAAGAAUCCUAGAUUUGUUUAGUGUUGCAUUCGCCAGAAUGGGCAAGUCAAUCUGAUUUGUUUGCAUUAAACCAGAACUAAACUAACUAGAUUGGAUUAGCAUCGCAUCCCAAAUAUGGGCCUUAUGUGGUUUACAAGCCACUCUUUCCUCAAUGUUAUUACCAAGUCUAAAUACUUUCCCUAAGAAAUCAGAGCUCCCAAAUCUAGUAGCCAUUUAGGUUGGGAAUUUUGGGAGUAAUAGUCCAACUAAGUCACAGUCUAGAGAUGCAGACCCUGUUCAAGUGGUGUUUUUAUUUAUUUAUUUAUUUCCAAGAAAACAAAACAAAUACAGUGUUUGAGAGGCACCCCGAGUGACGUGUAGUGUGUGUUAGCAGCUGUACUUAGCGUACUACGUCUUUGUUGAGAUACAAUAUACAGGGAAAUCACCCCGUGAACAGCCUUCGAUGGUGUGCCGUGUGUGUCCCUCUCUGUGUAUAUAUAAUAACACUUUCCUUUCUAUUAUGUACAUGCCUAAAAAAGAUGGAAUUUUAUCCCGUGCAUUCGUUAGGCUUAAUUAGGGAGUGUUUCAAACAUAUUUCCAUUUUUUUGGGGGGGGAGAGUCAAUCUAUAUAUAUAAAAGGGUAAUGGGAUCACGGCACCGGACAAAACAACUAAACUAAAAGGCCCCACAACCUCGAAAAUUGACAGCACAACCUCUCAUCCAUGCCUCUAUGUUCAUACAACAAAAAUAAAAUAAAAAUUAAGUCCUAGCCACAGCAACGCGUGGCCGGGCAUAGCUAGUAAAUAAAUAAAAUAAAAUAUUGAAAGUCUGAUGCAUUUUAUGUUAGCGAGUGUGUAUACCAGCAGCGUCCAGUUAACACCAUGUGCAAAAGACUCAGACCAGGCAGAGGAAUUGAAAGAACAAAGGAAAACUUUACUUGUUGAGUUGAAGUCAAAUAAACAGUUCAGCAGUCGUACAAUGUCCUUGUAGUUGCAUAGGAUCAAUAACUAAUCAAUCAGCAUUCAAUAUACCCAGCAUAGCAUAUUGUAAACUGCUACUUGACUGUAGCUAGAGAGCCUGUCUUUUCUGUGCUCUCCCAACAAGCCCAGAUUCCCAAUUGACAAACCAAGCCAUCUGCCAGCAAACCGAUACAUUGUUUGAGGCGUGGCUUGCCUCUGCAAAAAGCUCAGCUGCCUUUUUGCAGAGAUCUCUUGCAAGCAACUUUGCAAGGAUUUCUUUACACACACACACCUAGCAAUUUGGCACAAUAUUUUAGACUGAAUUUUAAAGGAGUCGAGCCUGUUUUUGGAGUCGUUCCUUCCAAGUUUGGAUUAAAAUACGGAACCAAAGCUCUCGUUUCUCUCGAUUCUGACAUUUUAUGCGCCUCAAAAUGUUGCAAUCCCAAUUGGGUUUGGUUUCGGACUGUAUCUUCCAUAACACUGAGACGUGGCAGUCCAAGUGGGACCAAACUGCAUUAAAAGUACAGUGUAGAUGCACCCAAAGUCGAUGUAAAGGCAUUCGAACCAAUAUGUUCAGAUAUAUUAGGAAUUUUAGACCUCAAUCCUCCAAUGCAAUCCCUUUCGCCUCCUUUCUAUGUCCUUGUCGUGCCCACUUUGCAACACAAAAACUUCACUGUAAACUCACUUGUUAUUCCUAUCAACGCUCCUUCUUGUCACUCAAUGGCUAGAUUUGUAGGAAAAAAACCCUCGCAAACCCCCUUCAUUGACCAGCAAUAAUAAUUAACCCUUUUCUGUUGAUUUUGAGCUUCAGCAAAACAUUGUUGUUUCCCACCGAUCCCCUUCUAUAAGAGUGUGUCCGCACUGCAAAGUUAUAGCAGUUUAAUAACAGUUUAAGAGUCGUGGGCCGAUUCCUCUGUGAUCCUUUUUGGGGUUUGGCAAAGGAUUUGGAAUUCUCUGCCCAAGAACCGCAUUUUUAUUUUGUCAUGGUAUUUUAAUAAUAUAUAUUUGUAACCGUAUCAACAACAACAACAACAACAACAACAACAACAACAAUAAUAAUUGAAGACCAUUACAGGAUUGGCUUCAUGGCUACAGCAGUAUUCUUCUUCUUCUUCUUCUUCUUCUUAUUAUUAUUAUUAUUAUUAUUAUUAUUAAUUAUUAUUAUUAUUAUUAUUAAUUAUUAAAAAUCAUUACAGGAUAGGCUCCAUAGUUAUAUUAUUAUUAUUAUUAUUAUUAUUAUUAUUAUUAUUAUUAUUAUUAUUAUUAUUAUUAUUAUUUUUAUUAUGACACAGCAAGCAAGAUAGAUAUGCUGGAUUUCGUUUCACAAAACCACAAGUUGAACACUUCCCAAGUGUCUAGGACUGUGUGAUGUAUUUUCGGAUGAUAUGUGCAGAUCCCAGUAGGGUGGCCUUUUGCAGUUGGCAGAUUGUGAUUUUGUCAAUGUCUAUUGUUUCCAAAUGCCGGCUGGGAUCUUUUGGCACGGCACCCAGUGUGCCCAUCACUUAUUAUUAUUAUUAUUAUUAUUAUUAUUAUUAUUAUUAUUAUUAUUAUUAUUAUUAUUAUAGUAGAGACUCACUUAUCCAAGCUAAACGGGCCGGCAGAAGCUUGGAUAAGCUAAUAUCUUGGAUAAUAAGGAUUAAGGAAAAGCCUAUUAAACAUCAAAUUAGGUUAUGAUUUUACAAAUUAAGCACCAAAACAUCAUGUUAUACAACAAAUUUGACAGAAAAAGUAGUUCAAUACGCAGUAAUGCUAUGUUGUAAUUACUGUAUUUACAAAUUUAUCACCAAAAUAUCACGAUAUAUUGAAAACAUUGACUACAAAAAUGGCUUGGAUAAUCCAGAAACUUGGAUAAGUAAGACUCUACUGUAUUAAAGAUCAUUACAGGAUAGGCUCCAUAGUUACAUUAUUAUUAUAUGACACAGCAAACAAGAUAGACAUGCUGGUUUUCGUAUCACAAAAUCACAAGUCAAACACUACCCAAGUGUCUAGGACUGUGUGAUGUAUUUUCGGAUGAUGCGUGCAGAUCCCAGUAGGGUGGCCUUUUGCAGUUGGCAGAUCGUAUUAUUAUUAUUAUUAUUUUAUGUUAUUAUUAUUAUUAUUUCCUCUUCUUCUUCUUCCCAAGGUUUUUGGAGUGCCUGUCUCUACUAUAGAAAUACUAUAGUUCUCAGUCCUUCUUAUUUCAAGGUACUUUUGUGGCUUCUGAAUAAUCCCGAAUUCCCUAGUAGAAUUCCCAAAGUCAUUAAAGUGGUAUCAAACUGAUAUAACUGUGCAGUGCGGACUCACUCUAAAACCUUGACCACUGCAUUCUCAGCUGUGGUUGCGUCCCUGUAGAAAUCACACAUUGAGGUUGUGUUCUUUCAUGUAUACUUUUUAUUUUUUAAAGAAAAAAAAACAAAACAAAAAGAAUUUGUAAAAACCAUUUCCGUGAAGUUGUUUGCUGAGCUUUCUUUUUUCUGUUGCAUCUUGCAUGGUUUUGACUUUCCCCGCUCCUUCUCCAUCCAGAAAAUAAAAAGGAAAAAAAACACACACAAAAUGUUUAGCAUGAUUUAAAUAUAUAUAUAUAUAUACAUAAAUAUAUAUAUACAUAAUAUCACUAUGCUGUUGCUUCUCUGUUAUUAAGAAAUUAAUAAAAAGUGUUUCUAUGUG